AUGCCGCUCUGUCUCACCUUCAUCGACUUAAAGAAGGCCUUCGACUCAAUUGAGACGGAAGCGGUCGUGGAAGCCUUGGACAACCAAGGCGUCCCUACUCAGUACAUAAAAUUACUUCGAGAGUUGUACAAGGGGGUCCGACAGGGUGACACAAUUUCACCCAAAAUAUUCACAGCCAUCCUCGAGAACGCGUUGCGAAAGUUGGAAUGGGACGACAUGGGAGUGAAGUUUGAUGGUCGGCAGCUACACCCUUUGCGCUUUGCUGAUGACAUCGUACUGAUGACACCUAGCAUCAGCCAAGCGGAACGAAUGCUGAACGAAUUCGACGAAACAUUUGGAUGCAUCGGUCUUCAGCUGAAUCUACAAAAGACGAUGUUUAUGCGGAACGGAUGGGUCUCGGAUGCCCCAUUCACGCUCAACGGAACAAAUCCGAAUGCACCAGUUCGAACAUCAGGCGGAUGUACAACAUCAUUUGGAAAGGUAACUGGUGUAAGACAAGGGGCAGUGGCAGGACCCUUCCUGUUCAAUUUCGCCAUUGACGACAUUAUGCGAACAACAGUCGACCAGUGUCCUGCCGACAUUGUCUUAGCACCAUCAGGGUGCCCCUUGACCGACCUCGAGUACGCCGACGAUGUUGUUAUAUUCAAAGCAUAUGGACAACGCCUAUGCCCUGAUAAAUGCAAGCAGAUGUGGAUCUCUUCGAGACCUCGAACGGGAAUCAGGGUGGACGGACAACCGAUAGAACUCGUCAAUGAGUUCUGUUACCUGGGCUGUAUGCUGAAGAACAACGGCAGCUACGAGAGAGAUGUUCAGCAAAGAUGCGCUAAGGCCACUUCUGCAUUUAACUCCUUAACGAAAUGUCUGUGCUCGACCUCCAUCACCAACGAAGUCAAACUGCGAGUCUACCUAUCCGCAAUUCGCCCCAUCAUGAUGUACGGAUCGGAGACUUGGGCAGCACCAUCAACGGUUAUGGAGAGGCUUGACUGCACGGAACGAAAGCUGCUUAGACGGCUACUUGGCUACUUUUGGCCUAGGGCUAACCCUCGUGGUGAGACUAGAACAGCAGAAUGUACACAAACAAUAGAAGCGAACAAUGACGAAAUGUCAGCAACAGAACUGAUCAGCGCUGGUGCUGAAUGGCACAAAAUGAAGGACAAUGGAAGACUUCCUGGUCUUGUGGAUCAAAUAGGAGCUACUUAUAUCAGAGAUGCUGAUAAAGCUAAUGCCCUAGCCCUUCAUUUUGCUAGUGUAUUUUCUUCAGACUGCAAUAUCUACAAAUACAUCAAGUCUCUUAAACCGUCGGUUAGUGAAACGUAUGAUGGAAUCCCGCCAAUUGUAUAUAAGGAGUGUGCUGCUACUUUAUGUUGCCCUCUAGCCCAUAUCUUUAACAUCUCCAUGCUAUUAGGUGAAGUUCCCGAGGUGCAAGAAGCACCAUAG